AUGCUGGCAACGGCUAGGGAACUGAUGUUUUCUGGACUAGGGUCCAUUCUACAUUUCCAAAGGCUAGAAGCCUACAACUUAGUUGGGCUGGAUGGAGAUAUGGCUUGGUUUCAAAAGCCCAACUUUGUAUUGGGCUUGAGGCCCAAAACCAGUCCUUCACAAACAGAGGAACCUCCCGCUCUUUCCACUCCGUCUCGCUCUCCCGCUAAGAUUUUCAAAGAUAGUCAGAAUAUGAGGGAAGAAGAGAUAGAGAAGCUGAGAGGAGUGGUGAGGGACUGCGUGAGCAAGCACUUGUACUCAUCGGCGAUCUUUUUCGCCGAUAAGGUUGCCGCAUUCACAUCGGACCCCGCCGACAUAUACAUGCAAGCGCAAGCUUUGUUCCUCGGCGGUCACUUCCGCCGCGCCUUCCACCUCCUCAACGCCUCCCAGGUCGUCCUCCGCGACCUCCGCUUCCGCUACCUCGCUGCUAAAUGCCUGGAGGAACUGAAGGAGUGGGAUCAAUGUCUAUUAAUGCUUGGUGAUGCCAAAGUGGAUGAACAUGGAUAUGUUAGUGACACAAAGGAUUGUAACGUCAUAUACUUGGAUAAAGAUGCGGAAGAUCGCGAGAUCAAUAUAUUGUCAGCAAUAUGCUUUCUAAGAGGCAAGGCAUAUGAAGCUUUGGAAAAUCAUUCCCAGGCUCGACAAUGGUGA